GGGCGGCGUCCGGGUAUAAAAGACUCCGCCCGAGCAGGCAGCCGCCAUUCUGGGGUUCGUUUAGAGGUUUGAAUUUUCUCGGAGAAAGACAGGCCGGCCACGAGGAAAAAAACAAGCCGCAGCAACAUCUAAGCCCUUGAAAGGAUCCUGAGAGAGGGGGGAAAGGGAAAACCGCAGCCACCAGCCCAACCACUUGUGUCUUCUGCCCCUUCCCACCUAUCUUGCCCACCCCACCAGCCCACGCUGCAUGGGACUUGCAAUCUGUGGCCGAAGGACCGUCACCACAUAACUUCAAAAAUAAUCAACCACCCACCCUUCCCAAACCCACCCAAAUUCACUCAUCCAGCGUUUACUUUUUUGAAUCCACUCAGAACUUUUUUUCUACGAUCCCCCCUCCCUAAAUGGAGUUGGGUGGGGGGAAAAUGAAUACUGAGUUGGCCUUCGUUUUUUUAAGAGACUUUUUGAUCCAAUGAGGCCCCCCAAAUAAUUGAGUUUUGGGUCUUGGUUGGUUGUUUUAUUUUUUUUCUCCAAAAUUUGAGCCCCCUCCCCCCCUGAGCCCGAGGUGCUGACGUCGCAAAAAAAUUGGAUAAAACCUCGAUCAUGGGUUCGGGUCCCAUAGAUCCCAAAGAGCUUCUCAAGGGCCUGGAUAGCUUCCUUAACCGAGAUGGGGAAGUCAAGAGUGUGGAUGGCAUUUCCAAGAUCUUCAGUCUUAUGAAGGAAGCACGAAAGAUGGUGAGUCGAUGCACUUACUUGAACAUUCUCCUGCAGACCCAGUCACCAGAAAUAUUGGUCAAGUUUAUUGAUGUUGGUGGCUACAAGCUUCUUAACAAUUGGCUGACCUAUUCAAAGACAACCAACAACAUUCCCCUCUUGCAGCAAAUUCUGCUGACCCUGCAGCACCUACCACUCACUGUGGACCACCUCAAGCAGAACAACACGGCCAAACUGGUGAAGCAACUGAGCAAGUCAAGUGAGGAUGAAGAGCUCCGGAAAUUGGCUUCAGUCCUUGUCAGUGACUGGAUGGCUGUCAUCCGCUCCCAGAGCAGUACCCAGCCUGCUGAGAAAGAUAAAAAAAAACGUAAAGAAGAGGGGAAGAGUCGAACCACCCCUCCUGAGCGACCCUUGACUGAGGUGAAGGCUGAGACCCGGGCUGAGGAGGCCCCAGAGAAGAAGAAGGAGAAGCCCAAGUCUCUCCGAACCACAGCACCCAGUCAUGCCAAGUUCCGUUCCACUGGGCUAGAGCUGGAGACCCCAUCUUUGGUGCCUGUGAAGAAGAAUGCCAGUGCAGUGGUGGUUUCUGACAAGUACAACCUUAAACCCAUCCCCCUCAAGCGUCAGAGCACCACAGUUGCUCCAGGAGAUGCUGCCCCCCCUGCAGAGAAGAAAUACAAGCCACUGAACACCACACCCAAUGCCACCAAAGAGAUCAAAGUGAAGAUCAUCCCACCACAGCCUAUGGAGGGCCUGGGCUUUCUGGAUGCGCUCAAUUCAGCCCCUGUUCCAGGCAUCAAAAUUAAGAAGAAGAAGAAGGUGUUGUCACCUACAGCUGCCAAGCCAAGCCCAUUUGAAGGGAAAACGAGCACAGAACCAAGCACAGCCAAGCCUUCUUCCCCAGAACCAGCACCUCCUUGUGAGCCUAUGGACACAGACCGCCCAGGAACCCCAGUUCCCCCUGUUGAAGUCCCAGAGCUCAUGGAUACAGCUUCUUUAGAGCCAGGAGCACUGGAUGCAAAGCCAGUGGAGAGUCCUGGAGAUCCUAGCCAGCUGACCCGGAAAGGCAGGAAGAGGAAAACUGUGACAUGGCCUGAGGAGGGCAAACUGAGAGAAUAUUUCUAUUUUGAACUGGAUGAAACUGAACGAGUAAAUGUGAAUAAGAUCAAGGACUUUGGUGAGGCAGCUAAACGAGAGAUACUGUCAGACCGACAUGCAUUUGAGACGGCCCGUCGUCUGAGCCAUGACAAUAUGGAGGAGAAGGUUCCCUGGGUGUGCCCGCGACCCCUGGUUCUACCCUCACCUCUUGUCACCCCUGGAAGCAAUAGCCAGGAGCGAUACAUCCAGGCUGAGAGGGAGAAAGGAAUCCUUCAGGAGCUCUUCCUGAACAAAGAAAGUCCUCAUGAGCCUGAUCCUGAGCCCUAUGAUCCUGUACCCCCGAAGCUCAUCCCCCUAGAUGAGGAGUGUUCUAUGGAUGAGACCCCAUAUAUUGAGACCCUGGAGCCCGGGGGAGCUGGUGGCUCACCUGAUGGGGCAGGUGGCUCCAAGUUGCCUCCUGUCCUGGCCAAUCUCAUGGGAAGCAUGGGUGCUGGAAAGAGCCCCCAGGGUCCUGGAGGAGGGGGCAUCAAUGUCCAAGAGAUCCUCACCUCCAUCAUGGGUAGCCCAAAUAGUCAUCCCUCAGAGGAACUGCUAAAGCAACCAGACUAUUCAGACAAGAUCAAGCAGAUGCUGGUGCCGCAUGGAUUAUUAGGCCCUGGUCCAAUAGCCAAUGGUUUCCCACCAGGAGGCCCUGGUGGCCCCAAGGCCAUGCAGCACUUCCCCCCUGGACCUGGGGGACCUAUGCCAGGUCCUCACGGAGGCCCCGGUGGGCCAGUGGGUCCACGUCUCUUGGGUCCCCCACCCCCUCCACGAGGGGGUGAUCCCUUCUGGGAUGGCCCGGGUGACCCCAUGCGGGGUGGCCCAAUGCGGGGGGGUCCAGGACCAGGUCCUGGACCGUACCAUAGAGGCCGUGGUGGCCGAGGAGGAAAUGAACCUCCUCCUCCUCCUCCCUUCCGAGGGGCUAGAGGAGGUCGCUCUGGAGGAGGACCCCCAAAUGGAAGAGGGGGCCCUGGUGGGGGCAUGGUUGGAGGUGGUGGGCAUCGUCCUCAUGAAGGCCCUGGUGGGGGCAUGAGCAGCAGCAGUGGCCAUCGUCCCCAUGAAGGCCCUGGCAGUGUCAUGGGUGGUGGGCAUCGCCCCCACGAAGGCCCUGGUGGUAGCAUGGGUGGAGGUGGGGGACAUCGUCCCCAUGAAGGCCCUGGUGGUGGCAUGGGCAGUGGCAGUGGACAUCGUCCCCAUGAAGGCCCUGGCAGUGGCAUGGGCGGAGGCAGUGGACAUCGUCCCCAUGAAGGCCCUGGUGGAGGCAUGGGUGCUGGUGGCGGACAUCGCCCCCAUGAAGGCCCUGGUGGGAGCAUGGGUGGAAGCAGUGGACAUCGCCCCCAUGAAGGUCCUGGACAUGGAGGGCCCCAUGGCCACCGGCCUCAUGAUGUCCCUGGUCACCGAGGCCAUGACCAUCGAGGGCCACCGCCUCAUGAGCACCGUGGCCAUGAUGGCCCUGGCCAUGGAGGAGGGGGCCACCGAGGGCAUGAUGGAGGCCACAGCCAUGGAGGAGACAUGUCAAACCGCCCUGUUUGCCGACAUUUCAUGAUGAAGGGCAACUGCCGCUAUGAGAACAACUGUGCCUUCUACCACCCGGGUGUCAAUGGGCCCCCCCUGCCCUAGGGACCACCUCCUCUGCCCCACCCACACACACCCCUGUGGACUGCAGCCUUGCUCCUUCUACCCUGUUAUGGCUUCUGUGAGGCCCACUUUUCCCCUUUCCCCAGCUGAUGAGGAGCCGGCCCCCUCAGUUCCCACCUGCUUGGGUUUCUGGGGGUUUUCGAUCACUGGUGCGUAUUGAUGUACAUAUUCUCCUCCAGUCUGGGGAGGAGAGACUGGAUACAUUCUGUACCCUGGACUGCUGAAGAGAAGACCCAGUUGGCUUCAUUUUUUGAGGAGAUUUGCCCUAUAACCCCAAAUCCCUUUCCAGUAUUGCCCUUAAUGCCUGAGAACCUAAAGCUGGUUAUCCUGGAGAACACCUCUACUCUCCUAUUGUGGGUCCUCCACAUGCACACAGAACUGACAUGGGAUCAGCUGCACUUAUGAAAUCAUCCCAGCCAAGUUCAUUAUUCCUCAUGGGGGUGGGGAGAUGGUAAAAGGGGUAUUAUAUAUCCCACUGCACUGAGAGGGCUCAAUUAGGCUGGAUUUGAGUUCUGGAAAAUAUCAUCCCCACUUCUGCCCUGACACAGGCUUUACAUUGAGUCCUUUCUCAAGACUUUGCAACCUUCUGUGAACACCCAAGUCUGCAUCAUGGGUCUGUUAGGUUCAGUGAUGGCCAAUUCACAUCUGCAUCCAGUGGAAGUUUUAGCUGGUAUAGGUGAGGCUGCUGGUGUUGGUCCACCCUUGCCUACAACUCAUUCUGGAAACUUUGUAAAACACUUCAGUGAGACCAGCUUUUCAUCAACUUGCCCAGCACGCUGGGCCUGACAGUCACACUACAUGCACUGCCUUCAGGAGUUGGCGCACUCUUUGCCCCCACCUGGAACCUUGUUGGUGUGAGGCCUCUGGCUCCCUUGCCCUGUCAGCCACCUCUGAAUCCCACCAGGUGCCUUCCUGGGUGGGUGCAACAAGCUGACUUGCCCUUCCCCAGCCCUCUCCUUCACAUGUCUCGGCAUCAGUUGUUUUCUGUGAAAACAGUGAAUUGGUUGGCUUUUGUGCAGGGUCUUGGGUUAGAGCCACAAUGGAUUUGAGGGAUGAGUAUUUUCUUUUUUCUUUUGGUUUUGUAUAUUUUGUACAUUAAUAAUAAACAGUGGAAAGAGAAGCAGCUUAUUUAA